CUGGGUGAACUUUUUUACAUCACAAUGUCCACUUCCACCUUUUUGGGUUCGGUUAGGUUGAAUGAUUGCGUAGUGAUCUCGGGCAUAUCCGGGCGGUUCCCACAGUCGGACAAUAUGCACGAGUUCGCCGCCAAUCUAUACAGCGGGCGGGAUUUGAUGGAUGAUUGGGAAACGCGCUGGCCUCAAACGAUGUCGGAUGUCCCACGGCGAUCGGGGAAGAUUAAUAAUUUGGACAAAUUCGACCGGGAGUUUUUCGGCUUCAAUCGCAACCAAUGCAACACGAUGGAUGCCCAACAGCGGUUGCUGCUGGAGCACGUUUACGAGGCGAUACUGGAUGCCGGUGUGAACCCGGAGACACUUCGGGGCUCGAAGACGGGUGUCUUCACCGCCGUUUGUUACUCCGAAUCGGAAGCUAGGGUGUUGUACCAGUUGUGCCCCCCUAAGGGGCGAGGGAUAUUGGGAUGUGCGAAAUCACAGCUAGCCAACAGAAUAUCUUAUACGUUCGAUUUCCGAGGUCCAUCAAUGGUUGUCGAUACGGCUUGCAGCAGUUCUAUGUAUGCGUUGGACAUUGCUCGAAGAAGUAUCCUCUCCGGACAAUGUGAUGCAGCAGUCGUAACUGGAACCAACCUGUGUUUGCACCCCUACAUCUCCUAUCAGUUCUCGCUUCUGGGGGUGUUGGCGAAGAACGGAAUUCCGGGUCCCUUCGAUCAGAGUGCAUGCGGCUAUACGCGGGCGGAGGUCAUUUGCGCCAUUUUGCUCCAGAAGACGAACGAUGCGAACCGUAUAUAUGCUUAUGUACUGCACAGCAAAACCAACUGCGAUGGAUUUAAGUCCGAGGGAAUCACGUACCCCUCCGGAGUGAUGCAGAAGCAGCUGCUGACUGAGUUCUACAACGAAUUAGCGAUUGACCCGGCGACCAUUGCUUUCAUCGAAGCUCACAGCACGGGUACCGUGGUGGGAGAUCCCGAGGAGUGCGAUGCGAUCGAUAGAGUUUUCUGCGCGAACCGUAGCGAUCCCCUGCCGAUAGGAUCGGUUAAAUCCAACAUAGGUCAUUCAGAGGCAUCCGCAGGCCUCGCUUCGAUAGCGAAGUGUAUUAUCGCUAUGGAGCGGGGUAUCAUCCCGCCUAACAUACAUUAUUUGGUUGCACGUUCGGAUGUUCCUGCCCUAAUAGAGGGUCGCUUGAAAGUCGUAGAUUGUGCAAGAUCCCUUGAUGGGCCGCUCAUAGCGAUCAAUUCUUUUGGUUUUGGGGGAGCCAAUGGACACACACUAAUUCAUCGCAACACAAAGCAGAAAAUUAAAUGUUUGCGAGAUGAUAACCUACCUCGAUUGGUUAUAUGGUCUGGUAGGACCCAAGAGGCGAUCGACGUUUUGAUUGGGAAUGAUGCGUCACGUUUUGGGGAUGCUGAAUAUGUCUCACUGUUGUACAACAUUCAACGGAAGAAAAUUCCCGGUCAUCGAUAUCGAGGAUUUGGAGUUUAUAGCAAAAGUGGACAUGAUCAAGCUAAUCUGGAGAUUCGAAGAAACACACGCAUCUCGCUGGAAUCUCUACCCCUGGUCGUAGUGUUCCCAGGUGUGGAUCUUCAGUGGAGAGAACAUCUGGAAUCGUUCGGUCGAUUUCCGGUGGUGCAAUCCACCGUAACUAGAUGUUGCUCGGUGCUGGAAUCCUUCGGAUGUAAUCUUUUUGGGAACACAAUUGGGAAACCUGAUCUGCUUCAGAUGAUCGUUGGAUCAACGGUCCUCCAGAUAGCUUAUGUAGAUUUGCUUGUCGCAGUCGGUGUAAAUAUCAGUGCAUUUGGCGGACAUUCUGUCGGACAAUUAACGUGCGCCUAUCUCGACCAGUGUUUGAACCUAGAUGAGGUUCUUAAACUCGCUCAUAGUCAUGGUGUCGUACUUUCGAAGUAUCAAUCUGACAUUCAAUAUGGUGCCUUUCUAGAAUUAGACAUUCCAUCUCCAGCGCCACUUUUAUCCUUUGAUAGGUUCAUACAGGAUAGCAUUUUAUCCCGUUAUGGUGUUGUCGGAGGCCCAUUGAAUCCGAUUCGUGCACUUGUGGACCAACUAAAGUUCCGUGGGAAGACUGCGGAAUAUCUGCCCUUCACAAGUAUUGUUUCAAAACCGGAAACUACCAAUGAUAUAUCGAAGAAUUUGUUCAACUCCGCAUGUAGUAUCAUUCCAACAGGGAAACACCCCUCGAGACGAUGGUUCAGUGCCAGAAGCUUAUCGCAACUCGCAGUCCCAGCCGUACAUAGUCCGACAUCUACUGUCAGUUUGAUCGGCUUAAUACCCACCGAUUGUCAGCUGCUUGUACCGCUCAUCAGGCAGUCUAUGAACCCCAUUUUUAAGAGCCUCAAAAGGAAAUGCAACUGUGUACCUAUCGAGCGACAAUCGUCGGAUCUCGUAAUGAGUUUUCUAUGUAACCUUGGUCACUUAUACUUAUCUCAGCAGGAUAUCAAUCUGCUCAAGUUGUACCCCCCAGUGCAGUUCCCUGUCUCUCGAGGAACUCCUAUGAUAUCACCCCUGGUCCGAUGGGAUCACCGAGACUCGUGGUCGGUCGUGCGCUACGAAUGGUCGGCUCUGCGUGUUCCAAACAGUCUCCAGUUCAAAAUUUCUCUGUCCGAUCAGAACUACCAGUUUGCCGCCGGACACUGUAUAGAUGGAAAGGUGUUACUUCCUGCGAUGGGUUAUUUGAGUCUGGUGUGGGAACUGGUCGCAUUUCUGAGUCAACGGGAGGUGCUGGAUUGCGCAAUGCAGUUCGAUGACGUUCAGUUCCUGCAGGCUACCCCGCUGGUGCCGAAUCAGACCGUUAUUCUGAACGUCAUGAUACAGAGAGCAACCGGGAGAUUCGAGAUCUUGAAAGGGGCUACAGCUGUGGUGAUCGGAUACGCACGGCAGCUGAACACUUCUCCGGAACAAUUUCCCGUUGGUAGCGCGACGACAUCGUCAGUGAAAAUGGCGUCGCGAGAUUUCUACAAAGAGCUUCGGCUGCGUGGUUAUCAUUACGGUGGUUUGUUCAAAUCAGUACUGGAAGCUCAAAGUGACGGGUCGGCGGCGAGGAUUGAAUGGAAAGGUAACUGGAUAGCCUUCCUGGAUUGUAUGCUUCAGUUGAGUAUAAUAGCGGUUGAUACCCGAACAUUAAUGGUUCCUACUGCCAUCGAAAGUUUGACGAUUUAUCCGAAGUACCAUCUAUCAUUGAUGUCUCAGGAUCGGGAUGGUCGUGACUAUUUCACCGUCACCAAUUGCGCCAACACCAAAGUUUCUAUCUGUGGUUCAAUUCGCAUAUCUGGAGUUCGUGUUAAUGUUGUCGGAAGACGAAAUCCUCCUGGAAUACCUGUGAUCGAGACAUAUCGAUUCUUGCCAUAUCACCUCACUGAUCAACUCGAUUCACUAGAGGCGGUGAGAGCGUGCGUCCAAAUAGCCCUUGAGAACGCGCCAAGUCUGGCAAUCAACGUUGUAGAAAUGUUCAACAACUCUGUGCCUGUACUUCUUCCCCAUUUUGUCAGGGCCAUAGGGGAUCUACCUUUGAUAAAACCAACACUAACCUUGUUAAGCGCUGAUUAUAUACCACCGAUUGACAUGCCUAAUAUUACCGUGAAAAAUAAGAAACUACACAAUUUAUCAGGACUGCACAUUUUGAUUAGCCUCAAUAACCUCUCUGACGCAUCAUUUUUACGGGAUGCAAUGGCUAGCUUGACUCCUACGGGGUUCCUUGUAAUCCGGGAUUCCCACAACCUCCCCGUUAACACAUGUCCCCAACUACAACUCAUCGCCAAAUUCACCACGGAGCGCAGCGAAACUCUCACGCUGUUCCAGAAAAAACUGUUCGAUGUCAAGGAGCCACCAGCCGUGAUACGUACCGAUUCCAACGACGCUACCUACGAGUGGCUUCAGAAGCUGAAGCAUUUCAUCAAACUGAAAUCGGUUGUCCUCUUUGCCCAGGAUGACCCAACAUCCGGAAUCAUCGGUCUAGUGAACUGCAUCAGUAAGGAAACCAAAGCAUACGGAGUUCAGUGUGUCUUCGUAGACGAUCCGAGUGCUCCACCCUUUGCGCUGAAUCACCCGUUCUACAAACAGCAACUCGACCUGGAUCUGGUGAUGAACAUCUACCGAAACGGAUCAUGGGGAAGCUACCGGCAUCUGUUGCUGCCCAACAAACCCAGCACCGAACCGGUUCAUCGUCAUUGCUACGCCAACUGUUCGACGAAAGGUGAUCUCUCAAGUAUGACAUGGUUCAACGGUCCGCUGGAUGUGGCGCCCCCGAAGGGUGAGCUGGUGCGUGUAGUUUGUAGUGCGUUGAAUUUCCGUGAUGUAAUGAUCGCAACCGGGCGCCUUUCGUCGGAUGUUCUGCACGUGGAUCGUCUCGAGCAGGAGUGUCUACUCGGGAAUGAGUUUUCGGGGGUUUCCGCGAAAGGUAGGCGGGUGAUGGGUGUCCUGGCCUCUGGUGCGAUGGCAACCUUGGUGGAUAGUGAUCCGCAGCUCACGUGGACCGUUCCCGACGGAUGGGGUUUGGAAGAAGCGGCGACGGUUCCGGUGGUUUAUGGCACUGUCUACACGGCACUAUUCAUUUGUAGCAGGAUUGAAAAGGGCCGAUCGAUACUGAUCCACGCUGGUAGUGGUGGCGUCGGGUUGGCCGCAAUUCAGGUGUGUCUUGCCUAUGGGCUGGAGGUUUUCACCACAGUUGGUACCAUGGAGAAGAGGGUGUUUAUCCAGACAAGGUAUCCACAAUUAAAGCCCGAGAACAUCGGCAAUUCUCGAGACACAUCGUUCGAGAAGAUGGUAUUGUUGGGAACGGGAGGACGAGGCGUUGACUACGUUCUAAACUCACUAGCAGAGGAAAAGCUACAAGCUUCGGUUAGAUGUUUGGCUAGGAAUGGUCAUUUUCUGGAGAUUGGAAAGUAUGACAUGGCGAAAAACUCCCGAAUUGCGAUGCGGCUAUUCCAGAAAGGGCUGACAUUCACAGCAGUGAUGCUUGAUGCAAUGUUCAAAGGAUCUUUGGAGGAGAAACAGCGUCUCCACGCUCUAUUAACUGCCGAUAUCAACAAAGGAGUUAUCAAGCCGCUACCUUCGACAGUGUAUCCAGCGGUGGAAAUAGAGAAGGCUUUCCGUUACUUGGCAAGCGGGAAACAUAUCGGGAAAAUCCUUCUGAGAGUUCGAGAAAGCGAAGUUGACAGUCAAACUAUUCCAAUCUCAUACCAUCCGAGGAUUCACUGCAAUGCGACCCUUUCGUACAUCAUUAUCGGAGGUCUGGGAGGAUUCGGUUUGGAACUGGCCGAUUGGUUGGUAUUGCGUGGUUGUCGAAAGCUGGUUUUAAGCUCCAGUCGAGGGAUUACGAAGCCUUACCAAGAUUACAGGAUCAGAUUAUGGAAGAGCUAUGGAGUCGAAACUGUUGUAAGCACAGCAGACAUAACCUCACCGCGUGGAUGUCAACAACUGUUUCAGGAGGCUAGCGAACUCGGUCCGGUCGUUGCUCUUUUCAACCUCGCUGUACAGUUGCGUGAUUGCAUCUUGGAAAAUCAAACCGUGCAAACGUUCAUAGAGUGUCUUGCGCCGAAGGCGCUAGCUACAAAACACUUGGAUGAAGCAAGCCGACAGCUGUGUCCGGAUCUCGAACAUUUCGUGGUUUUUUCAAGCGUAUCCUGUGGUAGAGGGAAUUCUGGCCAGAGCAAUUACGGUAUGGCGAAUUCGGUUAUGGAGCGAAUCGUGGAGAGGCGCGUAGUGGAUGGUCUACCCGGAAUAGCUAUUCAAUGGGGUGCCGUGGGUGAGGUCGGUGUCGUUGCCGACAUGGCGGAAGACAGAUUGGACAUGGAAAUUCGGGGCACUUUGCAGCAGCGGAUUUUAUCUUGCCUGCAGGAAUUGGAUCGAUUGUUAACCAGUGUAGAACCGAUCGUAGCAUCGAUGGUUGUGGCGGAGAAACGUCUCGACUGUAGCUUCCACAACAUAAUCGAAGCUGUCAUGAACAUCAUCAGUAUCCGUGAGUUCAAAUCAAUUUCCAUGGACAGCUCGCUGGCGGACGUUGGAAUGGACUCGUUGAUGGCGGUCGAAAUUAAACAGGUGCUGGAGAGGGACUUCGAUCUGACGUUGUCUCCCCAAGAGUUGCGUACGUUAACGUUCUUGAAGCUUCAAAAAAUGGUGGACGAAAGGAAGAUCAAUGACGAGUCAACGAACAAAGCUGAGAAGCGAAUGGUUGGUGGAAUAGAUUUGCUGCUUCGAAGUUUGGGUGACGAGGAGUUCAGUGGUGAAACCUUGCUUCGGCUAUCAUCUCGUGCGAAUGAAGGUAGACCGAUAUUGAUCAUUCCGGGAAUCGAGGGUGUUGCUGGAAAGAUCUGGAGAACAUUUGCAAGCGAUUUAAAUGCUCCAAUCUACAUACUGCAAACACUCCACACCGUAGAUAUUCACACAAUUCCAGCUAUCGUGGAUCAUCUGAUGGAAGGUCUGGAUGAACACAUACUCAGUAGAUUCGCAAGUCACACAAUCGUCGCCUAUUCUUUCGGGACGCUUCUAGCGCUGGAAAUAGCCAAACGGUUACAGGGGACACAACAAACUGGGAAGCUCAUCCUACUGGACGGUGCUCCAAAUUUCCUGAGAAAACUGUCCGCGGCGCACAUAGGCGAAAAUCCGUCCGACGAAAUCAUCCAGAAAGUAUUACUAGCAGCGAUCGUUGCAAUCGUAUUUCCGGACCACAUACAUGAAACCAUUUGUACGUUAAUGGAGGUUACAACGUUCCGAGAUCGCAUCGAGAAGUUGAUUGAGCUGGCGGGAAGUAAGGCUAUCUAUUCACCAGAGUAUGUACGGAAAAUUACGAGAGCGAUGUUCAAUCGCAUGAAGAUGGUGUUUCACACGAGUUUUAAGAAGUGUGAGCUUUCGAACGUUCCGGUUGUUCUGGUACGAGCAUCAGAAGCUUCCGUUAUUGACAUCGAGGAGGACUAUGGACUGGCAAGCCUCGUAUCUGGUUCGGUGACUUUGAAAAUUGUGAGCGGUACCCACUUGACGAUGCUGGAGAAUCGGACGCUGGUGGAUAUAAUUAAUAGCGAGAAUGUGUAGAAUAAAU